AGCUGUGUGGUUGAGCGAAGUGAAUGACGUCUCCGCAUUUGCGGGCCGCCGACGCAGGGCUGGGUUUCCAUUUUCACAGCGAGUUUCGGGGGGGGGGAAAUCGUCAAUAUGGAGCCAGAGAUGGAGGAUAAAACGUUGGAACUGAUGUGCUCUGUGCCUCGCUCUCUCUGGCUGGGCUGCUCCUCGGUGGCUGAGAGUUUGUGUGCACUCAGGUGCCUGCAGAGCAUCCCCUCCACCCGGGCUCACAACCAGAACACAUCAGGGAUGGAGUCACAGAAUCUUGUAGAUGAUCUCUCACCAAAGAAGAACACAGUUCUCAAGCAGCUUAGUAAUGGUCCAGUUGUGGGAUCCCGAAAACGUCCAUCAGAGGGUAAUUAUGAAAAGGAGAAGGAACAUUGCAUCGCCCUGUUUGACCAGUGGUCAGAGGCUGACCAGGUGGAGUUUGUUGAACGUCUGAUUUCCCGUAUGUGCCACUAUCAGCAUGGCCACAUCAACUCCUACCUCAAACCCAUGCUACAGAGGGACUUCAUCACAGCGCUGCCAGCUCAAGGCCUGGAUCACAUAGCGGAGAACAUUUUGUCUUUCCUGGACGCACGUUCACUGUGCUCAGCAGAGUUGGUGUGUAAGGAAUGGCAGAGGGUCAUCUCUGAGGGCAUGCUGUGGAAGAAACUUAUUGAACGUAUGGUCCGCACCGACCCACUUUGGAAAGGCCUGUCUGAGAGACACCAGUGGGAGAAAUAUCUGUUUAAGAACCGCACAGCUGAAGUCCCACCCAACUCGUAUUAUCACUCCCUUUAUCCUAAGAUCAUCCAAGACAUAGAGACUAUUGAGGCUAAUUGGCGAUGCGGCAGACACAACUUGCAGAGGAUUCAGUGUCGCUCAGAGAAUAGUAAAGGGGUUUACUGUCUCCAGUAUGAUGAUGACAAGAUCAUCAGUGGCCUUAGGGACAAUUCUAUCAAGAUCUGGGAUAAGCAGUCUCUUGAGUGUCUGAAGAUUUUAACAGGUCACACAGGCUCAGUGUUGUGUCUACAGUAUGACGAAAGGGUCAUUGUCACUGGCUCUUCUGACUCAACUGUCAGGGUGUGGGAAGUGACGACGGGAGAGGUGCUGAAUACACUGAUCCAUCACAAUGAGGCAGUGCUUCACCUGCGUUUUGCCAAUGGCCUGAUGGUCACAUGCUCCAAGGAUCGUUCAAUUGCAGUAUGGGACAUGGCCUCACCGACUGAUAUUAGUCUACGUCGUGUUCUGGUAGGACAUCGUGCUGCUGUCAACGUGGUGGACUUUGACGACAAAUACAUUGUGUCCGCCUCAGGAGACCGCACCAUCAAGGUAUGGAGCACCAGCACUUGUGAGUUUGUACGUACUCUAAAUGGUCACAAGCGGGGCAUUGCAUGUCUGCAGUACCGUGAUCGUCUGGUGGUCAGUGGCUCAUCUGACAACACAAUACGGUUAUGGGACAUAGAGUGUGGCGCAUGUUUGCGAGUGCUGGAAGGUCAUGAAGAGCUUGUACGCUGCAUUCGCUUUGACAACAAAAGGAUCGUCAGCGGCGCCUAUGACGGUAAGAUCAAGGUGUGGGACCUGCAAGCAGCUCUGGAUCCACGAGCCCCUGCUAGCACACUAUGUCUUCGCACUCUAGUGGAGCACUCUGGCCGUGUGUUCCGUCUCCAGUUUGAUGAGUUCCAGAUUAUCAGCAGUUCUCAUGACGACACCAUUCUGAUCUGGGACUUCCUUAAUGUUUCCACCAAUGGCCAGUCAGAGGGGCGGUCACCGUCCCGCACCUACACGUACAUAUCUAGAUAGCAGGUGGCGCCAUUUAAAGUACAUUUUCUUGGAGGAGCACAGGGCUGAUUGGCUGAUGGUUGUGUCCAUCACGGAAAGGAGCCCAUCUCUUCCUCCCUCCUCCUUGGCAUAUCUCUGCCCACCACCAGCCUUGAUCCCUGCCACCUUCCCACCCGUUCUGACAGACACUUGCGCUUGUCCAUUACCUGCCAGUACCUUGACAUGCACCCGCACACAGGUCAACACUUGACGAGGACGCCUGACUACAGAACCAACACAACGCUCCCAAGAAGUUCAUGUUCAACUACUAAUUUAUGUUUUGUAAAGUACACUGACAGUAUUACCGUAGACAUUUAUAUAAGUCACCUGCUUUUUCUCCCCCAUUAUAUACCCAGCAGCUACUGCUGCGCUUCAAUUUUCAAUCCCUGCCAAACUCGGCUUCCACCGCUGUGGAAUCAGAGGAAGAUAGUUACACGUAUAUUGCCCCCAGCGGCAGAGAUGGACAGACGAUGACCGGAGCUGCCAUGUGGGAGACAGAGACUGGUUAAAAGAGGAAAAGAGGGUGAAAGGGGGAGAAAUGUGCUUGGGGUGGUGUCCUCCUCCCCCUCCCUCUCACUCCUCCCUUUCUCUCUCCACCUCUUCUCCUCCUACCCCCCCAGAAAUGCACACUCACUCGGAACACGGGGGCACACAGUUUGUGCGUUUGUACAUGUGGACUUGUGAAACAGCAGAACGGUGCAGAAGUGACAGUCAUGCAUGUGAUGUUGCCAAUGGAUACAACAUCCGGGUUGACCUCUGCUUUUGUUUCUCUAAUUCAUUUUCUUUACUGUUUUUAUUUUUAUUUUAUUUGAGUAUUUUGGUUAUUAGUAAAACAAACAAAAAAAAGAAUCAUACUAAGCGUAGUCCUUGCCCUCUUUGUCUUCCUCGUUCUUUCUACUCAUCCAUCUGUCCCUCACUCCAUCAUUCUCUCUGCCUCUCUCCCUUCAUCUAUGUGCUUGCUUCGGUUAUGAGAGAAGUUGGAAUUCAAGAGCUCAAAUUUAGCUGUAAACGGAGUUGUCUUGUCAAAAAUUGUGUUGUAUAUUAAAAAUGAUUUUUUUUUUUUUUUUUUUAAGAAGAAAAAAAUAACCUUAUUGUGAAUAAAGUACUUGACAGUGGUGGAGUGUUGA